AUGCACGCAUCGCCUACACGCAAGAAUAUGACCACAGGCAAACGGACGCUGGGACAGUCGUCGAAGCUCUUUGGGCAAGAAGGCGGCUCAUCGAAUCCUGCACAGCUCUUUAAGGACGCUGGCCCGUCUCAAUCUCCUGUCAAAGCUCUGGGCGACCGCAACGCUGCCAAGACGCCUGGUCCGUCCAGGAUGGGACCGAGCAAGCAGAAUGCGUCUCUUCGCAAAGGGAAAGGGGCCUCUGGGAGCAACAAUGAAUCGUCUCCCUCCAAGAAAGGUUCGUCCGAGCUGAGCCCUCGCAAAGCCAGCACGUCGAAUGCGCUCCGCUCUCUCAACGGCAAGCAACGCCAAACCACCGAUCUGCCGUUCACCAAGCCGAACCAAUCCUCGAGCAACGGUGAAGAUGCCCCGGCGACUGUGAUGAAGACACCUGCCCCCUCGCAGCUCGGCAACGCAAGGACGAUGAGCCGUCAGAACAGCUUUGUCACUCCAGCCGCCAACACGGGACGCGCAGGCCAGAUCAAGGCGCGUAUGGGCGAAAUCAUGGACGCCGAGAUGGGCCUCUCGUUGCAGAAGGGGGACAAGGCCACGGAGCAGGUCACCGAGCCACCAGCGGUGCAGCUGACCGAGGAGGAAAUGUACCCCGAGAUCGAGUACAUGCCGCCCAGCUUGCAUGCAAAACACCCGGUGUUCGAGUUUCCAGAUGAACUCGACGAUCUACCCAGGGCAAAGGAGCUGGGUGCACAGCUGUCCAAAUUCACUGCGACCGGGUUCCAGACUGCUGGGCCCGACGACCUGAGCGACGUCGAGGUCCUGCCUAUGGAGCUCGGUAGCGAUCAGCUUGUAGCGCCAAACGCAGCCGAAGAGAGCGAAGACGACGACCCGUGGCCAGACGUUGUAGUGGCGGAGAAGAUCGACGUCAAGCCGCAGCUGCAUAUAAUGAGCAAGGUGGUCAAGGCGGCUCCGGCUGCGCCGCGUGCUGCAAUGGCAGCUCGACCUUUGGCAGUGGGAACUGGCCGCACUGCCGCCAGCGCACUGAGCGCACGCACUUCCACCGUUCAGCGAGCGAACGGCGUCGCUGGCAGCAAGCCAUCUGCAGGCGCGGGCACGCGCAUCGUGCAAAGCAAAACAGCGAGCCAGCCAGUCGCACGAUCCACGGGUCUGCAGCGAUCCAUCGCAACCGCACCGGGCAGUCGAGCAUUGUCGUCGACAGCUGCUACCGCAACGCGGACUGCCACUACAGCCAGGCCUCCCCCUUCCGCUGCGGCGAACCGUGCCGUCGGUGCUGGCACUACGAACAGAACCGGUGCGACUCAAGGCGACACCGCAAAGGGGCAACUCGAGGCUCAGCCGGCUGGACAGCCUUUGGCUCGGAAGAAAGCCGCGACGACAUUGAACCCCAAGUUGGUCGACUUCGUCAAUGAUGAUCUAGGCAAGCAGACGGCAGCAGCGCUCGACCGCUUGGAUGCAGACGACGACCUCGAAUCACUCCAGCUGGAUCUGGGCGAGGCUCCUGAGCAAGACGUGUAG